UCAACCCUGCCGUGAUCUCCCUCUUAUAAAAUUGAUGGCCGAAGAACAGCACGUCCUGUGCUCCAGUCAUAGCCAUCUCUAGCCUUCCCUGAGGAGCCACCAAAACCCUCAGGAAGAUUUGCAAUCGCUAGGAGAAACUGAGGCUGAAAGGGCGAGGCUGCCUAUGUUUUCCUUAAGUCUGGUUUGUGGACGCUUAGCCUCUUAACCCCCUGCUCCCAGAUACAGUGCCCCUACCUUGGCUCCUGGCUAGGUGCAACCCACUUUCCUGGUGUAAGGCUGGGGGCGGGGUUUGGCUGGGCAGGUCCAGGAUGCGAGAUCCUGGAGCAAAGAAAAGGUGUAGUGUUUGGGGCAGUCAGCAGGCUAGGCUGGCUUGGCAAGGCUGGGCUCUUCCGAACAAGUAAUACCCAGGUGGCUCUUUCGUCUGAACCAGAGAGAUAAGGCGGGAGGCAAGAUCUCCAGGUGACAGAAGGAUGGAUUUCAGAACCCCUGAGCUGCUGGACAUGUGGCUGGAGCCGCCAGAAGAUGUCUUCUCAACAGGAUCCUUCCUGGAACUGGGAUUCCACUGUCCACCUCCAGAGGUCCCCAUGACUAGGCUGCAGGAACAGGGGAAGCAAGGCUGGGAGUCCAGUGGGAGCCUUGGCUGUGGCCUUCAAGAGAGUGAGCCUGAAGAUUUCUUGAAGCUUUUCAUUGAUCCCAAUGAAGUGUACUGCUCAGAAGCAUCUCCUGGAAGUGACAGUGGAAUCUCUGAGGACCCUGGCCAUCCAGACAGUCCCCCUGCCUCCAAGGCACCCAGUUCCCCUGCCCUCUAUGAGGUUGUCUAUGAGGCAGGGGCUCUGGAGAGGAUGCAGGGGGAAGUUGGGCCAGCUGUAGAGCUCAUCUCUAUCCAGCUAGGUCAGCAGAGCCCACCACUUAUGGUGCCUGAUGCCUGCUGGGUCAGCGAACUGCCCCUUGAUGCUCAUGCCCACAUCCUGCCCACAGCAGGCACUGUAAACCCAGUGCCUCCUGUGACCCUGCUGCCCUGUCAAACCUUGUUCCUGACAGAUGAGGAGAAGCGUCUGCUGGGGCAGGAAGGGGUUUCCCUGCCCUCUCAUCUGCCCCUCACCAAGGCAGAGGAGAGGGUCCUCAAGAAAGUCAGGAGGAAAAUACGUAACAAGCAGUCAGCUCAGGACAGUCGGCGGCGGAAGAAAGAGUACAUCGAUGGACUAGAGAGCAGGGUGGCUGCCUGUUCUGCGCAGAACCAGGAACUACAGAAAAAAGUCCGGGAGCUCGAAAGGCACAACAUCUCCCUGGUGACUCAGCUCCGCCAGCUACAGAUGCUCAUUGCUCAAACUUCCAACAAAGCUGCCCAAACCAGCACUUGUGUUCUGAUCCUCCUUUUUUCCCUGGCGCUCAUCAUCCUGCCCAGUUUCAGCCCCUUUCAGGGUCUACCAGAAGCUGGGCCUAAGGAUUACCAGCCUCAUGGAGUGAUUUCCAGAAAUAUCCUGACUCACAAGGACAUGACAGAAAAUCUGGAGACCCCAGUGGUAGAGUCCAGAUUGGGGGUCCCACCUGGGGCCAAGGGUGCAAAUGGCUCAACAAGUACACUGCUUGAGAAGAUAGGAGGGAAGAUAGGCGCCAGCCGGCGCGUCAGAACUGUGCUGCAUGCAGAUGAGAUGUGAGCUGGAACACUUCCUGGCCCACUUCCCAAUCACGGUACGGAAUCCAGGGUUCCCCUAUGGUUUUGCUUUCCCUUGGAAUUCCCACUCAGAGUUCUUUGGCCUCAGGGGUCUGAAUCACUUCAGGACGCCCUAGAUGUCUGUAUCCUGAAGCCCAGUCUGCCUAUGUGAAGGGGCACCUCAAAUACCUUUGUCAUGUAUCUGUGAUUUUAUUUCUUCUUUGGGGUUAGGGUUGAGGGGAAAUAAGUUUUGGUUGAGAAAUAAACUUUUUGCUGAAAUUGUA